AUGGGUGAAUUGUCAGCUGCCUCUGUGCAGACGCAACCAGAGACUCCCCUAGAUACGACAUAUGUUAGACACGAUGUCGAAUCGAACAAGCGUGGGGAGGACUCCAGAUCGAAGUCCACCAAGUCUGAUGCAACGCGCAAAGACAGCGAUAAACAGCAGGACCAACCCGCUUCCUUGGGUAGCUAUCUGUACUUUAUACCAGGGAACAGUACUCCCCAGAGCAAGUUCAAAUCCUCAAUCGACAGCAAUGCUCUCAAGAUCGUGUACCUGUUUAUCGCGAAGUUCGCGACAACUUACGUAUCUAUGUUUUGUUUUCGAAUGGCCGGCCUUCGUGUCACGGCAGGCUUGCGGCUCAUGUACAUAGAAUCUGUCUUUUCUCAACCUGUCAGCAAGCUCGACCAAACAUCUACAGGAACGGUCGCGAAUACGAUCAGUGCCUCCUCCAACACGAUACAGAGCAGUAUCUCUGAUAGACUAUCUACCCUUUUCCAAUCACUGGCUCUACUUGUAACGGCAUAUGUAGUAGCCUUUCGAUACUCCUGGGCACUUACGCUGGCCGCCAGCGCAACAUUACUGUGGUCACUUAUCGUGUAUGGUCUUACUGCCCCUACGACGAUCAAGUUCCAACAGGAGACCGAUAAGGCAGAUGAAAAUCACGCGUCGAUUGCUGGCUCUGUUUUCGGUUCUAUCCGUACGGUGUUGUCUCUGGGGGCGGAGGCGCAGUUAUCAGAGAAAUACUUCCACUGGGUUGAGGUGUCACGAAAACUCGGGAUGAGACUACCAUUGAUCCUGGGGAUACAGAUCGGCCUUAUAUUUUUCGCAAUGUAUGCCAAUUACGCGCUAAGUUUUUGGUUCGGUUUGGAGCUCUAUCGAGAGGGGCACAUCGCAAACAUCAAUACUGUUAUCAUCGUGUUCUUUUCUGUCCUUAUCGUGGGCACCAUCAUGGGCGGUAUUCUCAUGCCAGUGAUGCAAAUUUCCAAAGCCAUCAGUGCUUCCGGCGGCUUCUUUGAGAUCAUUGACUCUGAUCGCGUGGAAAGGGAUGGUCUUCAGGAACCGCAGGUCUCUGCACAUGCAGACAUUGAAUUCCACAACGUUACAUUCGCAUACCCUGCCAGGAAGGAGGUUCAAGUACUCAAAGGCUUUAGUGCUCGUUUCGAGAAAGGAAAAAACACGGCAUUGGUAGGGCCUUCAGGGUCCGGGAAGAGCACGAUCGUUGGUUUGCUGGAGAGAUGGUAUCAGCUUGGCGAGGUGCAAGCACCCCAGCAGACGAGCGUGGAUGCUCUCAUCACUAUCGACGGUCAUAACAUCAACAGUCUGAGCUUGAAAUGGUGGAGAUCCCAGAUUGGCCUGGUGCAACAAGAGCCUUUUCUCUUUAACGAUACUAUCCUCAACAAUGUCGCGCAUGGAUUAUUGGGUUCCAAAUGGGAGAAUGAGCCAGCAGAGGUCAAAGAGCAACUUGUGAAAAGCGCCUGCAGGGAGGCAUAUGCGGACGAGUUCAUCAACCGACUUCCAGAGGGCUACUCAACCAUUGUCGGUGUGGACGGCAUCAAACUGAGCGGAGGCCAGCGUCAACGACUCGCCAUCGCCCGCAGUAUUGUGAAACGACCCAGCAUUCUUAUAUUGGACGAGGCCACGAGCUCUGUCGAUGUCCAUUCGGAGAGAAUUGUCCAAGCGGCUCUUGAUCGUGUAUCCCAAGGCCUGACAACAAUCACCAUUGCUCACAGACUGUCGACUAUUCGCAGAGCUCAUCAUAUAAUCGUCUUGCACAAUGGAACUAAAAUCGAGGAAGGUACCCACGAGGAUCUCUUGUCAAGACCGGAUGGCAUGUAUCACAACCUUGUCGAAGCGCAACAUAUCGAGGCGGGAGGGACAUCGGAGAUUGAUGAUGUGAGCGAUACUGAACCUGUUGAGGAGGCUCAAGAGUCAGAGAAGACAGUAUCCAAAUCUGUCCAUGUUAAGGAAGAGGCUCAAAACUCGCGUACUAAGUAUGCUGCCGUUGGCCGUGUAGUUUCUGAACAGCGCACCCUAUGGCCUUACUAUGUUCUGAUCUUAUGCGCAACGAUGUGUUGUGGUGCUGCCUAUGCACUGCAAAGUUGGCUCUUCGCGCAACUGAUCCAAGUAUUUCAGUUUACCGGCCAGAAGCUCAAGGAUGCAGCUAACUUUUGGGCGUUGAUGUUCUUUAUUCUCUCGCUGGCUAUGCUAGUCUCUUAUUUCUUCGUGGGCUAUGUUGGCAUGUCUAUUUCAACGCACAUAGGUUCAGUAUAUCGAAAGGAUUACUUCCAAAGCAUGCUCCGGAAGCCUGUUUCAUUCUACGAUACCGAUGGCAAUGCCUCUGGGAGCUUGAUGUCGCGCCUUUCCACGGACACGAAGCAGGUUCAAGACGCGCUCAGUGCUAGUGGUGCAUUCCCAAUGAUAUCCAUCUUCAACUUGAUCGGAUGUGUCGUCAUAUCAUUCGCCUUCGGAUGGAAGCUGAGUCUUGUCUCCUUGUUCGCAGCGUUACCAGUGUUGUUUGUUGCGGCCUUCAUGCGCAUCCGAUAUGAGAUCAAAUUCGAACAGAUGAAUUCGGACGUCUUUGCUCGUAGCUCUCAGUUUGCCGUCGAAGCAAUUGGUGCUUUUCGCACAGUCACUGCAUUGACCAUGGAGGACUAUAUCGUGGAUAGGUAUUCUGCUCUGCUCAAGCAACAGGUCAGAAGAGCUUUCCGGAAAGCAACUUACGCCACGCUUAUAUUUGCUCUUUCUGAUAGUGUGGAACUAUGUGCCAUGGCUCUCACUCUCUGGUACGGUGGACGGUUACUUGCGAGCCGAGAAUAUGAUCCCCUCGCUUUCUUCGUCAUCUAUACUGCCGUUGUUCAAGGAGGACAGGCUGCUGGACAAGCCUUCAGUCUUGCUCCCAUGUUCGCCCAAGCCACUUCUGCCGCCAACCGUAUCUUUAAUCUUCGACCAAAACCAGACCAGCACGGUACCACUGCUGGUGAGCCUUUAUCAACCUCUGGUUUAGGUAUGCAGAUCGAGCUCAGACACGUCUCAUUCAAAUAUCCCACGCGAGACACUUCCAUCUUCGAGGAUCUCAACAUCAACAUCGAAAGCGGACAGUUCGUUGCAUUCGUUGGACCCUCUGGAUGCGGAAAAUCGACUACGAUCUCCCUCCUUGAGCGCUUUUACGAACCUACCGCCGGUUCCAUCUACCUUAAUGGCAAGGACCUGCGAUCCUUUGAAAUAUCAUCCUACCGUCGAGCCCUCUCCCUAGUCUCGCAGGAACCGACCCUCUUCGAGGGCACCAUUCGCGAAAACCUCCUUCUCGGACUUGACGAUCAAACGGAAGACGAAAAGCUUGAAGAACGAAUCAUCCAGGCUUGUAAGUCCGCCGAAAUUCACGACUUCAUCGUCUCUCUUCCAGACGGCUACUCGACGCAUCUAGGCAUCCAGGCGCAAACCGCCCUCAGUGGCGGCCAGCGACAGCGUCUCUGCAUCGCUCGUGCGCUGCUUCGUAACCCUUCGCUUCUUCUUCUCGAUGAAGCGACGUCCAGUCUAGACUCACAUUCUGAGAAACUCGUGCGGACCGCGAUGGACCGUCUCGCGGCCCAGCGUCGCAUGACCAUCGUGGCCGUAGCACAUCGGCUCGCUACGAUCCAGAAGGCGGAUGUGAUCUUCGUCUUUAGCGCUAGCGAAGACGGGGGCGGAUCCAGAAUCGUGGAGAGAGGAAGUCAUGGGGACCUGUUGAGGCGAAAAGGGGUAUAUUGGCAGAUGUGUCAGGCACAAGCCCUCGACCAGUGA